AUGGAAAAGCAAGCGUCUCUCCCUGCUAUCCAGCGUAGUAUCUGGGCGGGACGAAUACCGCUGGAAAUCAUCUUGGCUCCAGCGGAGAGUCGGACGUUUGAUCAAACCAAUCCAUACCUUAUCUCUUUCCCGAGAGUCUCAUAUCUCCCAUCAUUACUCCCGAGGCUUCGAGCUUUCUUCGCAUCGUCUUUGAUCAACCCAGACACCGAACACCAUCAGGGGUGGUUUGCUUUCGAAGGCGUGCCUUUAAAAUGGCACUAUCCGAUCGGCUUAUUGUUUGAUCUUUAUGCGGGGGUUGACCCUGCUUCAAAGGCCACCCCUGGGGAUGAACAGUCCCCAGAGGCUGAAUCGCCCUUCCCUUGGCGGUUGACUGUUCAUUUCAGUGACUGGCCUGUCGAAGAACUUGUCCGCCUCGACCCAGAAGGAAUGGUGUUGAAUGAUGCAUUUAUCAACAGCGUUAAAGAAGCGGACUUCCUGCGCAACGGUACGGCCAAGGGUAUCAUGAGUCUCUCCAAGGAAGACUCCGCCGGCCUCUGGAAGGCAGUGGAGAAUGUCGACCUUCCAUCUUUUCAACGCAUCUCAAAUAUCCUCAUCCCCCCACCAUCACAGCCGUUCCGCAAUGUCCCAAUCCGCAUCUUCUUGCCACUUCCCCCAGAUGAAGAGUCACCAUCACUAAAAGUGGUCCAGUCACCACUCCCGCCUUCAAUACCGAGCCCCAGCAUUCAGUCUAGCCAAUUCAUUAACGCACGCUCAAGCCCGAGCACACAACCCCAAACCAUUGGCGGUGUUUUACACACCCUUCUUCCCAAUCUGUUUCCCAGUCGACGGACCCCAGUUCUUGCGAAGCCUGUUCUACAUGGAGCCGUGCUUCCUAUGUCUUCGCCCAUUGAAGAGGUGGUCAGAACUGCUGCCUACGGGGACGGAUGGGCUUAUGUAGUUGUUCGAAUGAUGGGAUGA